CUAAAGCUCUCUAAUUGGCUGUGGAAUCACCUCCCCUGGGCAGGAUGCCAAGCCUCAAGGAGAGAGCUGUGUGUCCUAUGUAGACUUUCCUGCCAGGCACUACAGCAGCAAUGGUGCCUGUCCUGCUAUCUCUGCCUCUCCUCCUGGGUCCUGCAGUGCUUCAGGAGACUGGUCCUUAUUCUCUGGUCUUCCUCUACACGGGCUUGUCCAGGCCCAGCAAAGGCAUCCCCAGGUUUCAAGCCACCGCGUUUCUCAAUGACCAGGCCUUCUUCCAUUACAACAGCAACAGCGGGAAGGCGGAGCCUGUGGGGCCAUGGAGCCAGAUAGAAGGAAUGGAGGACUGGGAGAAGGAGAGCCAGCUGCAGAAGGCCAGGGAGGAGAUCUUCCUCGUGACCCUGAAAGACAUCAUGGACUAUUACAAGGACAGUGCAGGGUCUCACACCUUCCAGGGAAUGUUCGGUUGUGAGCUCCUGAAUAACAGCAGCAGUGGAGCGUUCUGGAGGUAUGCCUACGAUGGACAGGAUUUCAUAGAGUUCAACAAAGAAAUCCCAGCCUGGAUCCCCUUAGACCCAGCAGCUGCGAACACCAAACAGAAGUGGGAGGCAGAAAAGGUCUACACACAGCGAGCCAAGGCAUACCUGGAAGAGGAGUGCCCUGCAAUGCUGAAGAGGUACCUCAACUACAGCAGAUCUCACCUGGACCAAAAAGAUCCUCCCGCUGUGACCAUCACCAGCCGUGCAGCCCCAGGAAGAAACAGGAUAUUUAAAUGCCUGGCCUAUGACUUCUACCCACAAGGAAUUAGUCUGCACUGGAACCGGGCUGGCAAGAUGCUGGCAUCUGAAUCAGGAGGUGUUUUACCCAGUGGGAAUGGCACUUACGUAUCCUGGGUGGAGGCUGAAGUCCCUGCUCAGGACACAGACCCCUACUUCUGCCACGUAGAGCACAGUGGACUGUCCCAGUCUCUCUCGGUGCAGUGGGAUGCCACAAGGAGGGCAAAAGCUGAAAGCAACGUAGCAGCUCAGCCUCAGCGAGUCACUCUCCCUGCGUGACUCGAGAGAGCCGAACGGCAGAAGUCAACGUCACGAGCUCUUCCAUGGGCAGCUCUACAGCAGCUAACAAAUCCAAGAACCGGUGUGGGGACAGAAGACCUGAGCACCAAGCACUGAGUUCAUGCUCCAUGUCAAGCCCCCUGACCUUGUAGAACUUCUCACUGAUUAACCUGUAAGCCCUCAAAUGACCCUUGUGCCUAGCACUGCCCAGAGUGACGUUUUAACCUCAGAGAUGCUAUAAAAGUGUGAGUUGAUCGUCA